AUGGCUGCGUCGCAAAAGGGUGGACCCAAUCAUAUUGUGUUAGAGUGGGAACGUAUCAAAUCAGGAUUCUGGGAUUUGUCCGGGGUGAAGUGGAGUCCAAUCGCGGGGGUGAACCCAAAAACUGGGGCGGUCUCGAUUGCGAAUCACGGCAAAUUUUCACUCGAAUAUCGGAACUGUGCUUCCGAAGCUGCUAUCCGAAACCUUGUUACCUUGGAACUCCCCCGCGUGGACGUUCGGGGAAAUGGAGACUGGGGAUGCAAGGAAGAUCUUCCACAUAGGAAUCGUGGGAACUUGAAAUCGGAAAUAUUGAAGAUCUACCAUGUCGAGGACUCCGAUACGGCCCAGGUGUUGGGUAUAAAUGUCAAGCUCUUCCCGACUGUCGGAUUCAAUUUCGUUAUCUCACUGUCCGACAUGUCAAUUACAACCCAAGCACUUGUCUCAAGACAAGUUAGCUCAUCAGUGAAAUUGGAAAACAUUGUUCUUGAUUCGCUACGCCCAGAUGAAGUCUUGGUGGAGAUCCAUGCCACAGGAGUCUGCCAUACAGAUUUCGCUUGCAUGAAUGGAACCCUACCCGCAGUUUUUCCCAGUGUAUUUGGACACGAAGGAGGUGGUGUGGUUUUAGAUGUCGGAAGCAAUAUCAAGCACCUCCAGAAACAGGACAAAGUCUUGCUCAGCUUUGACUCCUGUGGCUCGUGUACACAAUGUGACUCUAAAUACCCCUCCUAUUGCCAAGAAUGGGUUCAACGCAACUUUGGACAGAAAAGAAUGGACGGAAGUCUGUCAAUGUCUACCCCCGAUGGAACCAAGGUACAUGGAAACUUCUUCGGUCAAAGCUCUUUUGCUCGCCACACCAUUGUUAGUGGAAAUUCCGUUGUGAAGGUUCCAUCCGACACCUCGCUAGGUCUCUUUUCUCCGCUAGGUUGUGGCGUUCAGACAGGUGCUGGAGCUAUACUGAACACCCUGGAUGUGCAACCUGGAAAGUCGGUUGCUGUCUUUGGGGUUGGAUCAGUAGGAAUGAGCGCAGUUAUGGCGGCGAAGAUGAGAGAGGCCAGCGUGAUUAUCGCAGUCGAUCUGCAGGCCGAUCGAUUGGAGCUUGCGAAGAAGUUAGGAGCUACACAUGGAGUUAUUGGCUCGGAUGAGGAUGUCGUUGCACAGAUACAAGCUAUUUCUGGGUCAAAUGGCGUAAACUACUCCGUUGACUGUGCCGGUAUACCUAGUGUGGUUGAGAAGGCUUUGGAUUGUCUUGGAACUCGGGGAAAGGCAGCAACUGUGGGCGCCCCAGCGCCCGGAAAACGCGCGGGAGUGGAUGUGUUUGCUCACCUGGUCAAUGGACGCCAAUACGUUGGAUGUUGCGAAGGUGACAGUGAUCCUGAGAAGAUGCUACCUUACUUGAUUGAGCAACAUCGCAAAGGUCAAUUCCCUCUUGAUGAGAUUGUGACAUUUUAUAAAGUAGAGAAUUACGAGAUUGCGUUCAAGGACAUCAAGAGUGGUAAGGCUCUGAAAGCUGUUCUUCUUUGGAGCUAA